UGUUGCUCUUAAUUAUAGUCAGAUUUUGUUUCAAUUCAAACAUUUGAGAUAUGAUAUUGAAACAUAGAUAAAUUAGGUGUUUUUUAAGUUAAUCAUCAACAAUGGCGAAUAUGAAUCUUAUUGGUCAACCAAGUGGUGACUUAACCUCCACCUCAGGCAUGACGAAUGACGGCCCAGUGCGUGUUCCUGAGGGCGAUCUAACCACAUCGUCCACAAGCAGUACUCUAAUUCUGGAAGAGAGAAACCGCGAGAAUGCAAGUAUUUCAAAUCAUGCUGGGCCAAUUACUUCUUCAACUGAUCUGCGUAAUCGUAGAGCAGGACCACAAGGGACCAUUGUAGAACGACCAUCUAUUGUUCCCGAGCGACCAUUGCAUGACAUGCAUAUCAAUAUCGUGGCAUCUCAGGCUACAAAAAGACUUAUUCAGGGAAUGUUACAGCAUAUAAAUUUGGAAGAAUUUGAAAAGAGGGAAGUACAGGAAAUACGAGAUCGAAGGCAAUCUUGUAUGGAGUUGUUAAAAAUGUGGAAAAGAAAAGGAAGAAAUCAAAGAAGUGUAAAAGAUUUAAUGGAUUUGGUUAUUUCCGCAGAUGAAACAAGUGAGCAGUUUCAAACUCUUGCUCGACAAGUUUGUGAGUCACCUCCAUAAUAACUUGUAUUAAUUUUGAUAUUCUAAUGUGCUUUUAUUCAAUUGAUUUCGUUUGCAAUUAUGUCAUGUUUGGUCAACUUAACAGUUUAGGCAUCAUAUUACUUAUAUAUGCUUCCUAUAUUCUUUUUUGUUAAACAGUUUUAUUUGUUGUUUUUUUGUAUUUACAUUUUCUGUUAAAAAUUCUAAACUAUUGGUUGAAUCUCCGCAUUGAUUUUACCUGAGCCUUAAAAAUUAAUCUUAGUGGCCAGAAACAACUAAUUAAUGUUUAAACUUUGAUGUAUGUUGUUGGACAUUGAUACAUGGCAUCUAUAUUAUGCCCUUUUGAACUAAUUUAUCAGGGGUUUCAAAAACUCAUUUAUGCAAGUUCAUAACUUCUUUAAUUGCACAAUACAAUUUAAAAACAUUUGUUCACUUAAAAUACACUGAAAAUGAAAGUUUAACUAUUUCAUGGUGUAUUAUACCGUAGGUGCCAAUUAACAAAUAUAUUCAUUAACUGAAGUAACUGAAGUAUAAAUCUAUGAUGUGUUUCAUAAUCAUUUUUUAAUUCUGUAGUAUUUCUCAAAUAUUAUCCUAGAACAGUAGAACAUAUUGUAUAAAGGAUGUCUUCUAAUGUAAUAAGAAGUGUAAAUCUAAGUAGUUUCAUUUUCAUUCUUCUGCCUUUCAAUAUUAAAUAUUAAAGGAAUUCAAUAUUAAUUAUUACUGGUAAAAUUUUUACAGAAUUAUGUUCAACUGAAACAAUCUUUAAAAUACAUCCCUUCAUAAUUCAUGUUGUAUAUGAAAGAAAUAAUAAAGACUGCUAAGCUCGCUCUCAAGUUUUAAAUGCAAAUUUAUAAAUUAAACUAAAUCAAUUCUUGUUUACACAAGACGUCUUUAUUGUGACCAGUAGACAGUUAAUUUACAUUGUGUUCCAUUAACAAAGUGUAUUUUUUUGUUUUUUGCAUAACCAUAAG